UUUUCAUCUACGUAACUUCACUCACGUCUUGAAAAGCUUGAGCGCACUGACCAGACCUCUGUCUACUGUCCAGCGCUGAGAGUGAGUCCGUGGGGGGAUAUUUGGUAGGCUAUCAAUAUUUGAUAUUUCAGCAGUUGCCGACCACCCAUAGACCCGUGUCAGCUGUAACAGCGGAUUUGUUUCUUCAGUGAACCAUUCCCCACCAUCUCUCCGGCGGCAGGCUUUUUGCUAUAUUUUGUGGAAAAUGAUGACUUCUAGGGACCGAUGGAGAGUUUGCAAAAGAGUGUGUCUGAUGUUCUUCCUGGCUGGGGUCACCCUGACGAUUGUUCAGAGGGGCAACAUCAGCACAGGUCCACAGUUUCAGCUGGAUAGGCAGACCCGGAAGGAGCCUUCUGACGAGACCGACGUGCAAAAGAGGGGCCCCUACACCCUAGCCAAUCGCUUCUGGAAGCCCAUGAAGGCAAAGAAGCCCAAGCAGGAGACCUCCACCGUGGAGGAGCCUCACCACGUCACCCAGGAGCUCAUCACCAAAAGCUGGGACAUCACCAGUGCCAACUGCAGUGCCAACCUCAAUUUCACCAGCACCGAGUGGUUCGCGGGGCUGGAGCCCACCUUUAAGCAGUUCCUGCUUUACCGCCACUGCCGUUUCUUUCCCAUGACCAUAAAUCACCCGGAGAAGUGCUCUGGGGACAUCUACCUACUGAUGGUGGUGAAGUCCAUCAUCACACAACACGACCGCAGGGAGGUUAUACGCAAAACGUGGGGCAAGGAGCAGGUGAUCGAUGGAAGGAAGAUCAAGACCCUCUUCCUGCUUGGAGCUUCAUCCAAUGAGGCGGAGAAGGCCAACCACCAGAAGCUGCUAGAGUAUGAGGACUACAUCUAUGGAGACAUCCUGCAGUGGGAUUUCAUGGAUAGCUUCUUCAACCUCACCCUCAAGGAGACACACUUCCUCAAGUGGUUCUCCACCUACUGUCCAGGAGUGCGCUACAUCUUCAAGGGUGAUGAUGACGUGUUUGUCAGUGUGCCAAACAUAAUUGAGUAUCUGGAGAUUAGUUCCGAUGUUAAAAAUCUAUUUGCUGGUGAUGUCAUCUUCAAGGCAAAGCCUAUCCGUAAGAAGGAUAACAAAUAUUAUAUUCCACAAGCCCUGUACAACAAGACUCAUUAUCCACCUUAUGCUGGUGGUGGUGGAUUUUUAAUGGAUGGCCCUCUUGCCCGAAAGCUGUAUUCGGCCUCUGAGACUUUGGAGUUGUAUCCUAUUGACGAUGUAUUCCUAGGCAUGUGUUUAGAAGUUCUCCAAGUCACACCAAUCAGACACAAUGCGUUCAAGACAUUUGGACUUAUGAGAAACAAGAAGAGCAAACUGAAUAGAGAACCAUGUUUUUUCAGAGGCAUGAUCGUAGUACACAAACUGCUUCCCCCAGAGCUCAUGGCUAUGUGGAAACUCGUCAACAGCAACCUUGUGUGCUCACAGAAAGUACAACUCUUAUAGCCUUUCCAUUUCUUUAUUCUUCGGGACGCAUGUAAUUGGAGACGGAUGUCAAUUUUGAGUUUGCUCAAGUUGAAGUACUCUGUUUUUGGAGGUGUAACAUGCAUAAUAAUAUUAAUUUAUGUACUGCGUCAUAAGAGAAAUGUCAGUGGCCGAGUAAAUUAUAAGAUUUUAUAAUGUGAAUGUAUUUAUAUGCACACGAAAUCUUACUUAACUAUUUUGGUGACAUUUAUUCAGAGGGAUUUUGAUGGCAGUUUGAGCUACAGAUUAUUAAAGGACCGCUUGCUACAAAACUGUUUGUGGUGUGAAGAACCACAAAGAAAGGAAGAUCCUACAAAAAUUUCUACCUCACCAACAUUUUCUGAAACUCUGUUUUGUUGGUCAUUUGUAUAAAACACACACCUGCUUUCUUUAUCAGUAGGCUGCCCUACAAAGCCAGUGCCGUAUCUUUUUUGCACCAAUAUAAAACGCCAUAUCCGCCAAUCAAUCUAUUAAAAUCUCAUUGAUCUACUGCAACAUUUCCUAGAGAUAUAGGGGUUUUCAUUUUACAGUAUCUGCUAAAAUGCGCUGUGACAAACAAAAAAGCUGGUUUUCUCAGUUUGGAAAUUUGCAGGUACUGCAUUUUGGCUUUGUAGGGCAGUAUAGCUCACAAGGGUUAUGUUGAUUUCCGAAACACUCCAAAUGAGAUCGCACUCGUAAUGCCAUUUUGAUGCCAUUCAUAAGGCCAUGAUGCCGUUUCUGUCAGACCUUUUGAAGGGUUUACAGUUUCAUAUAAUCAUGAUUCUAACAUAGUUUCUUCAACAAUAGAAAUGUGCACAUAAAUGCUGAUAUACUUGAGAUGAAUUGGACUGAGGGUAUGAUUUAAACUGUGAACAAAGAAAAUCAACUGCUGGUACUGGUGAUCUGUUAUUUUUAAAGUUCCUUAUUGCAAAUUAGGGGGUUUGGGGUUGGUUGUAAUGUUUAGAUUUGACAGAAAAUGUCACCUCUAUAAAUACAAAUUAUGUAUAUAACUGAGAUUUUCAUUCUGAAAUAUCUGUAAAGGUAUGUACAUACAACAGAAUGAUGUUUGUAAAUAAAUGUCACGAACUGUC